AUGAAGAUGAAUACUAAAGCUAACAUUCUUUUCUCUACAUUUGUGUUUUUCGCAUUUUAUCAUCUUUCUUUUGUUUCUUGUCGCAAAACAAUAAGUGAUCAUAGUGGAAAUGGCUUCACUCUUGAUCUUAUCCAUCGUGAUUCUCCUCAUUCACCCUUCUAUAACCCGUCCAACACUAGAUCAAAUCGCCUUAGAAAUGCUUUCCAUCGAUCAUUUUCACGUGCCUCUUUUUUCAAGAAGAGUUCCUUAGCUACUCCCAACACAAUUCAAUCGAAUAUUUCUCCAAUCCCAGGUGAAUACCUCAUGAAACUCUCAAUUGGUACCCCUCCGGUUGAAAUUGUAGCCAUAGCUGAUACGGGUAGUGACUUAACAUGGACACAAUGUAAGCCUUGUGAAAAUUGUUUCAAACAAUCAUCCCCUCUUUUUGAUUCGAAUAAAAGCUCUACAUAUAAAACUGCGGGGUGUGACACUGAAGAAUGUACAUCAUUAUGGAGUUCUUCUUGUGUGAGAGGAAAUAUUUGUGAAUAUCAAAUGAGUUAUGGUGAUCAAUCACACACUAUUGGUGACCUUGCUUUUGAUAAAUUCACUUUUCCUUCUACUUCUGGUGAAAAUGUCACGAUUCCUAACAUUGCCUUUGGUUGUGGUCAUGACAAUGGUGGAACGUUUAAUAAUUAUACGUCUGGUAUUAUUGGUUUAGGUGGUGGUGAAGUUUCAAUUAUCAAACAAUUGGAUAAACAAAUCAAUGGGAAAUUCGCUUAUUGUUUGAUCUCAAUCCCAUUAGAUUCACCAAUUUCCAAUGUCACAAGUCAUAUCAACUUUGGGAGUAGUGCCACUGUAUCCGGUGAUAACGUCGUUUCAACCCCCUUGAUUAAAAAGGAACCAUCUACUUUCUACUAUUUGAACUUGGAAGGUGUUAGUGUUGGGAAUAAGACGUUGGAAUUCAAAUCUUUUAAAAUUGGCUCUUCUAAGGUUGGCUUUGAAAGUCAUGAGGAAGGUAACAUUAUAAUCGAUUCUGGCACAACGUUAACAUUUCUACCUAACGAUUUUUACUUGAACUUGGAAUCAAUAUUGGUGGAUUCAAUUAGUUCUACUAGGAAGGAUGAUCCAUCAGGGAAUUUUCAUCUAUGUUACGAGUCUGAGAAUGGUACUAUCGAUGCUCCAACGAUUGUUACACAUUUUACAAAUGCGGAUUUAGAGUUAUCGCUUUCAAGUACAUUUGCAGAAAUUGAGGAAGGUUUGGUUUGUCUUACAAUAGUACCAGCAGAUGAUAUUGCUAUAUUUGGAAACUUGGCGCAGGGGAAUUUCUUAAUUGGAUAUGAUCUUGUGGCUAACAAAAUAUCCUUUAAGCCUACAGAUUGUACUAAGUACUAA